UCCUUGCUACUUCAAACUGGACUUCAGCUGCAUCAUGAAACCUUGGAUUCUUCUGCUCCUAGCUGGUCUCCUCAUUCUUUCCACUCAACUGUCAACAGUAAAGACCACCCAAAAUCUUUGUCCUUCAAAAGUCAAGCCGGGCGAGUGUCCCAAGGUCAAAAUCCCGCCUGACUAUCCCUGUGAGAAAGAAUGCGCCUGCGACUCCGACUGCACAGGGAAUAAGAAAUGCUGCCCGGUGGGAUGCGCCAUGGAGUGUUUCUCCCCAGGACCUCUCUGAGGAGCCCCAAGACCUGAUGAAGGAAGCCGCCAUCCCACCCUCACCUGUCCUGGAUCCUCACAUCCAGCCCAGCCUUCCUGCUGCAAGGUCCAUUCCUCUCUGGCCUCCCUGCUCCUGACUCCUGGCCACCUUCCCACCAGCUGCUUCGGGCUGGACAAAGUCCAUUACUCCAAAGAUGAGGCUUCCUCCAAUAAAUUUAGCAUUGAAAAUUC